GUCCCACUCAACACAUACUCGACAUAGCACGUCCACAAUGGCAAAGUCACGGAAAGAAGCAGAGAGCGAAGUUCGGUCGUGGGGUUUUGGCCAUGUCUUCACCUGGACAGAUGGCCCCAAUGCCCACUACCCGCCGCACAAGCACAGCGGCAAAACCACACAUCUCGUCCUGGACGGCUCCCUGACAUACACCUAUCCCAACGACCCUGAUGCCAGCAAGGAAACUGUCGGUCCUGGCGCGCGGUGGGAUGUCGAUGCGCAAAAGGUGCAUGAAGUUUGGGUUGGCAGCCAGGGAUGUACCUAUGUCAUUGGAGAAUAGUAUCAAACACCGGAUGCCCUUCACAUGCUCACCCCAGAAAUCCAUUCUGCCCCAGGUAUUUGAUUGCAUCAAGCGCUAGCUGGUCCGCCUUGACAAGCUCCUGCUCCACCAUGCGCUCAUACAGCCCCUGAAGCUUUUUAUCUUCCUCCUUUGGUGGGUGCUGAUAUUUGCAUUUGCUCAAGUACGGACAUCUUCCGUUUCGCUUCCAAUUCGUGCACAUUUUGUUGCUCUUUGUUUCUACCCGCGCAGACGCAGGCGGAGGAGGUGGAACUUUGAUUGGCGGCGGAGCAGUUUUUGAUGACGCCGUUUCUGGUGCCUCGUCGUCACUCUCUGGGCCCGAAUCGGAAUCGGAUUCUGAUUCUUCUGAACUGGACACGACUGAUGACUCGGAGAGAACUGAGCUCUCCUCAUCCGGCUCCGUCUCGCUAUCGUAUCCCAGUCCAAGGUCUACCGUCGCUGGUGUCGACUG